AUGACUGGCGCAUUUGGUGACUGGAAAAAAGUAAUUCAAGAAUACUAUGAUAAUCUGAAUCCGGGUGGCAGUGUUGAGAUCCAGGAUAUACAUUUUGAUGUCCGCUCAGACGAUACAACACUUCCUGAGGAUUCUGCGCUCAGGCAAUGGUCGAAAUACAUGCUAGAAGCUAGCAUCAAACUUGGGGCGCCACUUGACAGCAUCUUAUCAGUCAAGGCGCUCUUGCAAGAGGUAGGAUUUGUGGAGAUCAGCGAGAAGGUCUCGUGCUGGCCUAUGACAUGGUGGGCCAAAGACCCUCGAUUCAAGAAAAUUGGGCUGUGGACGUACCACAAUAUGUCUGGCUCCCUUUCGGGGAUUAGCCUUGCCCUUUUCACCCGAGGACUAGGUUGGUCUGUGGAAGAGCUGGAAGUCUUCCUUGUUGAUGUAAGGAAGGACAUGCGAAACACCAAAUUCCAUGCAUAUUGGCCAAUGUAA